AUGUCAUCAAAAGAGGACAUAAUCAGAGAGCUAUAUCACUACCUCCCCAACAAGCCUGCCGCUAUCAUAUUUGCAAUUCUAUAUAUUGCAUCGUCCUUUCUCCACGAGUAUCAAUACAAUGCCACCCGACCACAAAAAUUCACCAUGCCAUUUGUCCUCGGCACAACAUUCUCGAGCGUUGGCUUUGUCACUCGAUCGUUAAGCGCCCUUAAGAUUGGAGACCCACGCACAUUAUGGAGAAUAUCCACCAUGUUCACUCUCGGUGCCGGCCCUACAUACGCAGGCGCAGACUAUUUCGUAUGCGGUCGCAUAUUCAGUUACGUUCGAUCCGCAGCACCGAUAUCUCCACUUCGAACGGUUAGAACCUUCAUUUUCUUUGACGUCCUGGCAGAAAUUGGAGUCUGGGUCGGAACGGGUAUCAUGGAUAGCAGAGACCCCAAUAGUGUAAAGGCAAAGUUGGGCGUCAAUCUUGUACGGGCAGCCGUCAUUAUUCAACUAGCAUUAUUCAUGUGCUUCGUUGCUGUUAUACUGCUGUUUCAGAUACGGGCCACCAGUCGAGGAUUUUGGAAGGCUAGCCACCAGCAAGUCGGGGGUAUUCCUGGGUGGGUUAAGGUCACAUACACUUUGUAUGCGUCUUCCUUGUUGAUUGCUGCAAGGUCUGGGUAUCAUAUUGCCGAGAGUUUUCUUCCUAUCGACCACCCGCUGAGAGCCACAGAAGCACCAUUUCUGUGCUUGGAAGCUCUUGUGAUGUUCAUCAAUGCAGCUAUGUUCAACGUGAUUCAUCCUGGAGUUCUCCUACCGAGUAAUCCUCAUGUUUAUUUACUGGCAAACGGUACGGAAGCAGAGGACGAUAGCCCAGAAGGUACUCUAGAGGACACUCGGUCCCUAAAGAUGAAGAUUCUUGAUCCCUUGGAUAUCAGAGGCCUGUUUAGCAAAAAGCAGUCACUAAAGCCUUACCAGCAAAGAGCUUUGGUCGAAGAUGAUGAGAUGAUGUCUGAAAGUAUGAGAAUGCUGGAAAAUAGGCAGCGCAGGGAGUUUCAUUAG